AUGUCGUGUCGGUCACGACUGUCCAUAGAUUCAGGCUCUCACCCUUCCUUGAUCGUGCAAGCAGAAGCAGAGGGAAGUCCCACUUCGUGUCGCUUUCAUGUCGGCUUUGACUUGCCUGCGGAGGGGUUUAUCGACUUGUACGAACUGUCGACGCGCAUUCCGGAUUACAACAUAACAUAUCGACAUGACCUAGGGUCAGAAGAGCCAACUAUCGUAGGAAGUGCGGUGCAAAGGACUACUGUUGAUGCUCAAAAUUCAAGCUCUUUUCUGGACCUCGAGAUUCCCUUUCACAUGCGCUAUCCGGCUCCACUCAAGCUUGAACGUAGUUCGUCGAGAGAACAAACGCCUACUGCUAGUAUUCAACGCACUGUAAUAGAAUGGCCUACUGUGUCGUGGAGCUGUAGUAGUCUCGCCGGCAGUCAUCAUGGCGAACCUACGACAACUGGUUCUGCUGUCUGCACUGGAGCGCAGCCUUUGGCUAUCCACGUACCUUUACCCGACGUCCAAAUGUCUAAAUUUGUCGAGGCGACAACAAUUUGCACGGAGCUUUCACUGCUUUUAAUUGUCAUGUAUUACAUUAGGACAUUGUCUUUUCUACAUCCUCAAGCCACUGUAAAGCGAUGA